GGUGGGGUCGAGCUGCGAUGACAAGAAACGAACAGACAACAGCUCGCGAUCGCAAAGGGGUACUUGAUACAGACUUGAGGCAUUCUCUCGACCAGGCUAGAUGCCGUACUGUAGCCCCUGCAAUCGUUAUUUUGAAAGUGCAAAGGCGAUUCGGCAGCACCGCCAGGACUCGCACCGUCAUGCUUACAACUUGUUCCCUGCCAGAAGAUCCGCAUCUCCUGUACGCGAAUUCGUGCCUAUAACGACAUUGAGUUCGGCAAUGCCGAUAUCUGGAACCCAGCCUACCCGCGAUCCGGCCGAGGAUGAGCCCUUGAAAGGUCUGAUAAGCUCUUUAAAAGGGCUCUACUCCAGCGGGGAGUACUCAGACCUCGUGAUAUCCUGCGGAGGGAAGAAAUACCAUGUGCAUAGAGCCAUCGUAUGCACGCAGUCCAAGUUCCUCGCAGCAGCUUGCCGCAUAGGCCUCAAGGAGGCACAAGAAGGAAAGAUUGACCUUCCAGACGACGAUCCUCGGCUUGUUCAGAUAAUGGUACAUUAUCUAUACCACUUUGACUACGACGUGAAGCCGCAGUACGAGGGUAUGGGUUUCGAUGGAUCAGUAACGAACAGAGACGAAACCGACGCCAAUGAGCCGAUGAGGGACGUCGUUGUCACCCAUGCAAAGGUCUACGCCUUAGCAGAAAAGUACCUGAUCCGUGGACUGAAGGCCGUCGCGCUACGACGAUUCAAGGCGUCGGCGGCUCAUUCCUGGCUGGGUAUCAAUGAUUUCCUACAGGCAGUACACGAAGUUUAUACAUCUACUAUUGAAGACGAUCGAGGUUUGAGAGACAUCGUCGUAGAAACCCUGUAUAAGCAUUCUGAAUGGCUAGACAGAGAGGAGAUGCGAGAUGUGCUUAGGGCAUUUGGAGCUUUGACGUACGAUCUCGUUAUAUACAUGCGCCAACAUGGAAAACUCUGAACUGACAGGACUAUCCUGACCGCAAUUCUCGCAAAAUUCUUCCGAGGCAGCGCGACAUGCCCCGCAUUCGAUGCCAUCUAAGAUAAAUUCCGUUACUUCGAUUGUCUCCCAUUUCGUAUUUGAAGCCACGGCGGCUGCUUGCGAUGCUUAGAUGUCAGAAGUAAAGACCACCAUUUGUGGGCGGGG